CUUAGCUCGCAACGCCCAGCGCCGGCGCUGCUCAGGCGGGAGGGGGCCAGAGGGGAGAUGUCGCAACCGUCUCCCUCCCUCUUUCCCCGCCUUCGCACUCAGUCACCUCCCAGAUGAGCCCGCUCGCAGACGGCUGCGGGCCGCGGUGUGCCCGGCAUGUCCCCUCAGUGCGCGCAGGCGGCGGGCAUUGGGCCCACGCGCAGCCUGGAGCGGACCAACCGCACCCGCUUCCCGUUCUUCUCCGAUGUCAAGGGCGACCACCGGUUGGUGCUGAGCGCCGUGGAGACUGUGGUGCUGGCACUCAUCUUCGCGGUGUCGCUGCUGGGCAACGUGUGCGCCUUGGUGCUGGUAGCGCGCCGACGGCGCCGCGGCACCACAGCCAGCCUGGUGCUCAACCUUUUCUGCGCGGACCUGCUCUUCACCAGCGCCAUCCCGCCUGUGCUGGCCGUGCGCUGGACAGAGGCCUGGGUGCUGGGCCCGGGUGCCUGCCACCUGCUCUUCUACGUGAUGACCCUGAGCGGCAGCGUCACCAUCCUGACGCUGGCGGCAGUCAGCUUGGAGCGCAUGGUGUGCAUCGUGCGCCUGCGGCGCGGCGUGCGGGGCCCGGGGCGGCGGGCGCGGGCCGCGCUGCUCGCGCUUAUCUGGGGCUACUCGGCAUUCGCCGCGCUGCCACUCUGCAUCUUCUUCCGCGUCGUCCAGCAGCGGUUCUCCGGCGCCGACGAGGAAAUUCCGAUUUGCACACUGGUUUGGCCCAGCAUUGCCGGAGAAAUCUCCUGGGAUGUGUCAUUUGUUACUUUGAACUUCUUGGUACCAGGACUGCUUAUUGUGAUCAGUUACUCCAAAAUUUUACAGAUCACGAAGGCGUCAAGGAGAAGGCUCACGACGACCCUGGCUUCUUCGGAGAGCCACCAGCUCCGUGUGUCCCAGCAGGACGUCCGGCUCUUCCGCACCCUGUUCCUGCUCAUGAUCUCCUUCUUCGUCAUGUGGAGCCCCAUCAUCGUCACCAUCCUCCUCAUUCUGAUCCAGAACUUCGAGCAAAACCUGGUCAUCUGGCCGUCCCUCUUCUUCUGGGUGGUGGCCUUCACCUUUGCCAACUCGGCCGUCAACCCCAUUCUCUACAACAUGUCACUGUUUAGGAACGAAUGGAGGAAAUUUUUUCACUGCUUCUUCUUCUCAGAAAAGGGAGCCAUGUUUACAGACACAUCUGUCAAAAGAAAUGAUCUGUCUGUUAUUUCCAGCUAGUUAGUUUUUCUCUGUAGACGUCUAUUUGUCACUCUCUGGCAAGCCAUGGUGUGUUUUCAAAGGGAGUUCAUUUCCAGGACGGUCACACCAGGGUACCUGCUUUAAGAAAAUGUAACCUAUGCAAAUGUACAUUUACAGCACCAGUACAUUGAGGGGUGAUCAUUCAGUAUAACAAUUCUAUCCUUUAUAAAAGUAUUUGCUGUGGGUUCCUUUUCAAUAUGAACUUUUUCAGUGUGUAGUAUGAUUAAGUUUAAUAAUUUUUAUUUGUAACUGUUCAGCAGUCUCAUCUCCUACACGUAAAGCCACGCCUUGCCGGUUUCCUGAAGUGAGUCUUGGAACAGGUCCAGGACCCAGAUUUUUCCUCUGAAGAGUCAUGGCCACUCUAGCUCCCCACCCUGGAUUUGCAAGGCUGCAGGAUCAUUCAUUAACGUCAAGAGCGCUUGAGAAAUUUCCAAGGAACAAGGAUUUAAUUUCCAAGGAAUUAAAGGUGACUUUAUUUUUCAUUUAUAAAGGGAUGCCAUGGACCCCUUUAGGAGAAGCUUUGUCACGAAGUCAGACAGGAAGUCGGAUGACUCCAAACAUUUGACAGUGAGAACAGGAGUGAUUCCCUUCGUUGAUCCGCCUGUUAGAUGCCUCUUAAGCACAUGCUGUGGCCGGUGUUCUUGGUGGUGGGAAUACAGCAGUGAACCAGACAGCCAUGGCCCCUGCCCUCACGGAGCUUACUUAUCUUCUAGGUGGGGGCAGCGAAAAACCAAACAUAAGUCAAUAGACAAUAUAGUGUUAUGGAGUGAAUUAGCGUCGUGAAGAAAACGAGACAGUGAUGGCAACUUAGAUGGGGUGUUGAGGGGUCUGCGAAGACCGUUCUAAGGGGUAUAUUUGAGGCAAAAGGUAAACCACAAGAAGGAACCAGCCAUGUGAAUCCAAGGGAGUGGGGCUUUGCAGGUGGAGCAGACGCUGGUGCUGGUGCAAAGAGCCUUGUGUACUUGUGGGACAGAAAGAAGAGGUGUAAACAAAGCAAACUAUUGGCUCCUGUAUGCCGGGCAAUGUCCUUGAUGCCAAGACAGAGGGGUGCUGUGCUGGAGACCAUCAGUUGAGACCAGAGAGGUUACAGGGCUGGAUUACACAGGGUCUGGGAGGCUGCCAUAGAGAGUUUAUUCUGUGUUCAGUGGGCAGCCACUGGAGGUUUGCAAGUGGAUGCUGAAGUGACCUGCUCUACUGGUUGCUGUGCAGGGAAUGAACUUUGUGGAGCAGGAAUAAAGAUGGAGACCAGUUAGGUGGCUGUUGAAGCAGAGAAAGAAGAUGGGGAAGUUGGAGGUGGGUGGCAUCCGUGGGGGAUUGUGAGAAAUGAUCUUGGGACAUACUUUGGGAAGGCAGAGCAAACAUGAUGUAUUGAUGGACAGGAUGCAGAUUAGGAGGGAAAGAGAGGAUUCAGGGGUGACUCCUGACAGUGAUUGGAUGGAGAGCAGGCAACAAAAAUGGGGAAGACUAGAAUGGGAAAUAGAAAGACCAAGAGUUUCAUUUGGGGCAUUUACACGUGAAACCCCAGUGAGAUCCAAAUGGAGAGCAGGCAGUGGGGUGCAGGGAUGUGGGGUGUGGGCCUGAAUAUGCAACGUUGGGAGUCACCAGAUAGUGUUUGCAGAUUUAUGGCUUUAUGAAGUGUCCCUGGGAAGAGAGAGAGAGAAGAAACCGGAGCCAGCGAGAACCCAGGGCUACGCCAGCACUUGGAGGUUGGACCAGUGGCUGGAACAGUAGCUCAGGGCCUGGCACAUAGGACGUGCUCAACCAAUCUUUGUCACCAAGUACAUCAGAGCCAGUAGUUGUCUUUGCUGGUGGAGUUUCUUGAGCAGCUUGCUUUUUAAGUAAGGUUUAUUACAAGCUUGAGGACUAGAGGACAGGGAUCUUUUGUUCAUCUUUAGUUAAUAAAUUUGGUAAAUU